GGCCUACCGCGUGCAUCAUGUAUUACCGUCAGUCUGAUGAUCUCGCACUCGUAAUACUAGAGUUUUAAUCUAUCAUCUGUUACCUUUUGAAUGCGCGACUUGGGAUCAGAGCACUUUCUUCCACCUGCGCGGCCCAUCGAAACACUUUUCGUCCACCAUGCACAAGUACGAUGCUUGUCCAUCUGACGGCCACGAGGUGGGACCCGGAGAGGGUCCUCAGUUCGCAGAUGUCGCUCAGAUACCGGUUGCCACUCCUGCAGAUCUUACACCCGAGGACUCAAGUCCUCUUCCCUGCUCAAGGCCCUCAAGUGACUGUUCAGCAUCCGACCCACCUGGUACUCAGGAAGAAGACUUGGGAAUGACUGGUCAAACCUUGCCUCCCAAAUCGUCUCGUAGCACGAGCUCUGAGAUACUCCAGCCCGUAUUGGGUGGGUAUUCAAAACGGCAGACAGCAUGGCGACUCCAAACCGUGGUCAUUGGAUUCUAUGUUCUAUCUUUACUUCUUGUAGUAUGUCACUACAUGUUCUUCCUCUAUCUUGAAGGACGCGUUAUGGCACCGAGCUCGGAACUUUCGUAUAGACGGACAACCAUGAUCCCACAGGGCUAUGUUACAACAAUAUCACUCCUACUCACUACAGCAUUUCGAGCUACAUUGGUGGCAAGCGUGGCUUCUUGCUACACGCAGUAUCUAUGGGCAACUCUACGGACGCGUGUACUAAAGGUAGGACUUGUUGAAGAUCUGUUCCAGAUACAAACAAAUGCGUUCCAUCUCGCAAGUCCUAACAUAUACAUUAAAACGCCAAUCCUAGCAGCUGUUGCUAUUUUCUGUUGGUUGGUACCUAUUGCUACAGUGUAUCCUCCGGGUGCUCUGGUAGUUGAACUGCACAAUCUGUUAGUCGACACAUGCUUCAAUGUGUCGGUACUCCAUGGAAAGAACUAUAGUACCAGUUGGUCUUCUUUGCCUCUGUCGACAAUACAGUGUUGGGACGAGGAUCGUCAACUCGUAAUUCUUUUUGAUAGUGAUCUGGAAAAUGCGCAGAACGCUUCCUUCUUGAACACAUGUCGGGCAGUAUGGGGCCAAACAAGAGAUGUCGCAUUCAUCGCGCGCUCUAGUCUUAUGUCAGGCGAGAUAUCCGGCUUGACUCAACCAAGUGGAGAGAACUCAUCGUACGCACUGCAGUUCUGGGGCACAACGCUAGACUGUCAAACCGUGAACCGCACCAUAGGAAGGAACCUUCUACCAGCCGACGGCGAAUUAGAAGGCAAUUCGUUUUUGGUCAAAAAUGUCUCCACUUACUGCAGAAUUUGGAGCGAUGGAGAUUGGAACGCUAGGUUCGAAGACCUGAAGAGCGUUAACCACGUCGCCGAGCAACCGACCGAGUGGCAAUACUAUCCAUGUCUUGAUCUGAGCUCAACUACAGAUACAGACCAACGUUUUAGUCUCCCAGAAACCGGUAUCAACUUUCUUGUCCAAGCCAAAGAAACAGUUUGUCGCCCCAAGUUAACAGCAUAUCUUGUCAAUAUAUCCUUCACGGCGGGGAAACAGCACAUUUCAUACACGUUGAAUGAUAGUAUGACUAUCCCAGCAUAUUCAGCUGCUUUCGAACAUUUCAACGGCAGUUUUGAGCAAUGGGUGCACUUCUCUGAUGCGGCAUCGUUGUACUGGGAGUUCGCAGCAAGCAUGAACCGAGCUGUGGUUUUUGAUAUGGAUCUAGGGUUUCGCCCUACCAAUUCGACGCAAAGAUCGACUCUACAGAAUGGCACUACAUUGGAAACCUGCCUACCUCAUGCAGCAUCUCAGUGGAGUGGUAAUUGGCGCCCAGGCCACGAACCGUGGACCUUGGACUUCUGGCCCCUCUCGGUAUUCGAACGUCGAGCGCCGGACAUAGGCGCUCAGAAGGAAAUGGCGACCUGUCCUAACUUUAACGUAGAGAUAGCAAAAGAGCUGUUGAUAAAUACCACGAUCUCUGCAAUCUCACUAAACAAGAGUUUUGAGACCGUCAACGGCACAGUGUCUCGCACAUUCAACAUCUAUCGCUUCCGCAAUAAGCUUGCGUUCUUCCUUCCCUAUAGCUUGUCCAUUGGACUGGGUGUACCUAUUAUUGCACUAGGGCUAAUAUCUUUUUACACACGCAACAACAAGACGUCAGCAAUCUCUGGUGGCUUCCUGCAGCUCCUCAUGACGACGACCGGACGCACAUCACUUGAGAAGCUUAUCUCAGGUUCGGGCACAUUGGGUGGAUAUGAGAAUGUUUCGGAUGGGCUAAAGGCAGCGGACAUAAGCUUCGGCGAGCUCAUUGAAACUUACGGUGAUGUUUCCGAGAGAGCCUCCACAAUGAAUGCGGGCUCGGAUUCUACCAUGGGACACUCUAGCAGCACGGAUGUGGUGCUGCACGGCAACCUCGAACGGAACCAGGGGGUAAAUGACGCCCUAAAUACACGAGAGGCUGAAAGUAAUGAGAGACGAGAGAGAAGAAUUGGCUUUGGACUUGCGCAAGAAGUAAAUCCGCUUUCCAGAAGAAAUGUGCGAGAUAUUUGACACUUUGUUGCCAUUUACUACUGGACUUCGAUCGCUACACUCAACAUAGUCAUGGUAACAAGAAGUCUAAGAGUCACGUUUUUUGUCACUAAAGAUUAUUAGUUCAAUUUUGGGCCGUAGCCUUUACAUUACCCAUUGAUAUGUAGAGAAGAGUAGCAGCCUUAACGUGAUUUUUGGACUUGCAGUUUCCACUACGGGACUCGUGAGUAGAAGGACUUGACUGGGCGGAAUCUCAAAUCGACUUCGUGUUCUUCCUGACACGUCGUUCGAGCACGAAGAUUCGACUAAACUACAAAAGCCAAGUUCUCGCAAUGUGUGCUCUUGUACCUAUAGGCGCUUUUAGAUGGGGCGAUUUAUUCUGGAUAAAUCACCUGUCACAACGAGGGCGGUCAAAGUGGGGAAGUCGAUCUUGUCAGGUAGUGUCAUGGCGGCGAGAGCAGAAUACAAGGC